GGGGGCGAGCCAGGCAGAGCUGAUCCCACGUGUGACGCUCGCAUUCCCGGCUCAGUAAUAUUCUCUAUAGCGGGGCUACGGGUAGCGUUCGCUCUCAGUGUGUUUGUUAUAGUUACUGGCCAUAGUUGGGUUAGCAAUGGAGGGAGACGGGAGCCAAGCCACAUCUGGAAGCCCAAACGAUUCGCAACACGACCCGGGCAAAAUGUUUAUCGGUGGCCUCAGCUGGCAAACUUCACCAGACAGCCUUAGAGACUAUUUUAGUAAAUUUGGAGAGAUCAGAGAAUGUAUGGUGAUGAGGGAUCCCACGACAAAACGAUCCAGGGGAUUUGGCUUUGUUACGUUUGCAGAUGCAGCCAGUGUAGAUAAGGUCUUAGCUCAACCUCACCACGAAUUAGACUCAAAGACGAUUGAUCCUAAAGUUGCCUUUCCGAGACGCGCUCAACCCAAGAUGGUCACGAGAACAAAGAAAAUAUUUGUAGGCGGAUUAUCAGCUAACACAGUAGUUGAAGAUGUGAAGCAGUAUUUCGAACAGUUUGGCAAGGUAGAAGAUGCUAUGCUUAUGUUUGAUAAAACUACAAAUAGACAUAGAGGAUUCGGCUUUGUAACUUUCGAGAACGAGGACGUGGUGGAAAAGGUCUGCGAGAUUCAUUUUCACGAAAUCAAUAAUAAAAUGGUAGAAUGUAAGAAGGCCCAGCCGAAGGAAGUGAUGUUUCCUCCAGGGACGCGGGGUAGAGCCAGAGGUCUGCCCUACACCAUGGACGCCUUCAUGUUGGGAAUGGGCAUGCUGAGUUAUCCAAACAUUGUAGCAACGUAUGGCCGUGGAUACACUGGUUUCGCUCCGAGCUACAGCUACCAAUUCCCUGGUUUCCCGGCAACGGCAUAUGGUCCGGUGGCGGCAGCAGUGGCAGCAGCGCGUGGCUCAGGUAGGGGGGCCCGUGGAAGAGGCGGCUACGCAGCAUACCCUCAGAGCACAGGGCCAGGCUUCCCCGAUUACGGUUUCUAUUCCUCGCCAAGCGACCAACGGGCACCCCCCUUCUCCUUUGCGGACUAUGGCUCCCUGGGUCCCCAGGCGGCUCAGCUGCUGCAAAGCGAGCAUGCCACAUCAGCCUGCAACUCCCCUCUCCAGCACCUGGCCAGCCCGGAUCAGUAUAAGAGCCCAGGCACCAAUCCGCCCCGGCCUGGAGCUUUUCCUGGAGCCAGCAGCCCCGGGCCUGUGGCUGACCUGUACGGCCCCACCAGCCAGGACUCCGGCGUGGGCAACUACAUUAGCGCUGCUAGUCCCCAGCCCGGCUCUGGCUUUGGACACAGCAUUGCUGGUCCUUUGAUUGCGACAGCUUUUACAAAUGGAUACCAUUGAAACCUAACAGGUGGUUGGUUGCCAUCUCAAUUGAGCAGAGUUUAUCAGGAGGCCCGGGGAAGACUGGUCGGAGUUUCUAAUUGGUUCUGUGUACAGGUAAAGGCCCUUAAACUUCAAGCACUACAGCGCUGAACGGGAUGCUGAAGCUGAGAUGAUCCACGCGAUGAACAAAUGAAACAUCUCGGAAAGAAAAAAGAAAAACUACGAAAAAAAUCUACGAAACAAUCUGCUGUACUAUUACUGAAAACUGGCUUUUGAAUAUUUUAUCCCAGUGUAGCCCCUUAACUUGAAGUAGGAUUUAAUAUUAUUUUUUUCCUCUAUUGUUUUUCCUUUUAAAGAGUUUAUUAUAGUCAUCUUUUCUUGUGCACACGCUGAAUCAAGCAACGACAUUUCUUUGAGUUUUUAGAUUGUUCAUGUAUGUUCUCAGACUAUGUAAAACUAAUGUUGUUGUUUUUUCUUGGUUGUUUAUCUUUUUGUGUUGAAGUUCUGAUAUUCCAAUAGCAGUUGCAUUUCACAGCCCCCAUCUAGCACAUUUACAGGUUUCCUUUCACACGAGCAAGAAAAGCGAUUGAACCGAGCUUGAAAGGGUGACGUUUUUAAUUCAAGCCUAAAACCGCAAUGAGUGUGUAACUAAAAAAAAAAAAAAAAAUCUUAGUAGCUCUGUUAUAUGUUUAUUGUGAUGUCUUGUUAACCAUGAUUACCUAUUUUUGGCAAUAAGAGGACUACAAUAUUUUCACAGUCCUUUUUUAUAAAUGUCAUUUUUGUUGUCGAUGAAAAGAAAAGAAAAAGCUUUCCUUUUAAUACUUUGUGAAAUGAGAUUUAAAAAGAUACGAUUGUGAAACUGUAAAUAUUCUCUUCACUGCAUCGAACCGUUUCUGAGAGAGAACCAUAUUUUUGUGAUGGUGUCAUAAAGGUUGUACCGUGCGCAAGCCGAAAUAAUGUCAGUGCAAAAAUAUCUUCGAGGCUCGACGCAGUAACUGCGAUCCAUCUGUAGCACAAAAGCCGUGUUUUACCCCAGUACGGACGAAAUCCAAUCAAACACUGUUAUAAUAGCUCGCUUUGUAAAUACCGUUGGCUUUACAACUGUGCAGGUGUCAUACCAGCAGCAUAUGGGAUUAGAUAGUAUGUGCACAGCUUACAAAGAGAAUAUACUUUACAAGGUAUACAUUGUAAAAAAAAAAAAUCACGACAAAAUCCAAAGCACACAUUCGUUUUUUUUGUCUGAUUUUAAACCGUGUCGAGACAUUUCAUAUUAAUGCUACAGUUUGUGUUUAUAGCAUUUUUAUUUUUUCGAUCUUCGUAGUUCGUCCAUGCUUGUCAAGAUUUCUACGUACAUAGAAAGCCUAGAUUCGGAAAAAAACAAAGGCAAUAUUUGAAGUCGCUACGAUUAGAAAAACGAAUAUUUUAUACCAUUACCUCAGUCCUGUGAGAAAUUACUUUAAAGGAGAAUUACAAAUUAAUUUAUUGUAGGCUAAUACAGAUAUUAAAAAGAUAUGAAAGCGUUAAAUCAUUGCACUGUGAGAGAGAUUUUAUCAUUUUCUAUUUGCACAUGUUAACUAAUAGUCUCUAACAUGGGUCACGUGAAGGAUCGCUGUGGAUAACACUUAUUAUAUGAAUCUUGAGUUUUGGCUUGCGUUGAUUUGAAGACUGUGCUAUCGAAUAAUCUCUUUCCAGGGAUUUUAUUAUAUAGAUAGUUUGCCGAUAUCAGAAGACCGAUGCGUUUAUUGGUAGCAAUAGUUCAUUUCCUCAGAAACACUGAAACUGAUUGAAACCAGUAGCUGCUACACACAUUUGUUGUACAUGUGGGGACUGGAUUUUAAUGAGAAACAAAUGGCAUUAAGAAACAUGAAUGAUAUUUACAAAUAUAAAAUGACUGAUGUAUGCUGUUAUUCGAUCUCGCUGAAUAUGUUUUACUUUCGUUUAUUUAAUUCUUUUAAGUUCGUUCGUAUUUGGUUUCACUAAACUAACAGGUGUGAAGCAGAAUGCUGGAUUCUUUCGCGAGAAGGAAACUUUUUUGUGACUUUUUUCUUUAUUGGCCAUUUUUAAGAUUUGCAAGAAGUAAACUUGAUAAAAGUAAUAAUGUUUUCAAAAAAAAGCAAGAAGAGAACUUUGUGCUAACUGUUUGAGCUGUCAAAAAGACAAACGUACAAAAAAAGAAAGAAAGAAAGAAAGAAAGAAAAUCCCGAAAAUGUUUUGAAUUUAAACAGGGAUGGAUUUUUAUCAAUAUUUUUGUGGAUGUUAAUGAUUAUACUAAAUAUAAUGACAAUAAUACAGAUAUUAUGUACUGUAUUUAUCAAUUGUUUAUCUCUUCAUUCCCUAUCACCUCAUUCAGUAAUCUUUCGUUGAUCAUUGUACUUUUAGUAGUGUGUAAAAAAAGAAAAGACAAAAAAAGAGGAAUAUGAAUUUACUUGUAAAUGAGUCUUGAUGCCAGUGUAGUGGUCUAUACACUUCUUGGUUGGUAUUUAUCACAUUUACCCUCUUUCUCACACUCCUUUUGUCUUUCUAUAUCUGUCUCACUCUCUCUCUCUCUCUCUCUCUCUCUUUAGUGAGUAGCUGUAGAUGUAUUGUAUUUAAUGUUAAGGUGUAGAGGUAUUCAUUAGCAAUUGUAGGACCAGUAAGGAUAGAACUUUCUCUUUAUAAUCAUUUAAAGACAAAAAAUGCUGAGCGUUAUUUUCAUAGCAGUUUUUCCACUUCUGUGUUUUUUGUUUUUCCUCCUUUUUUUCGUUCCACUGUUUGCUGGUCUCACAUGGUUUCAACAAACCAAAGCUCUCACUGAUGAAAUCUUGGAGUAAGAAAUUGCUGUAUCAGAAUCAAGGCAUUAAUCAGAUCCCCACCUUUGAAUGUUUUUAAAGGGGUGUGCCAUACUACCUUAAAUGCUAAUGCUAGAUAUGCAAAAUAUGUUACAUUUCAUUUUUUUUAUUUUUAAGAGGAAGAUUUUAUUACGCGAAUGACAAAUUCAUAUUUUUUUAGUAAGUUCUAACAAACUAAUGAUGAUUUAAGCAAAUAAUUAUAGAUACGGAUAAAACUGUAAUAGGUUUUGAUAUUUUUACUCCCAGUGGCUCAUGGUGCUGCUAUUUUUAAAUACUCCUUUUUGAUUUCCUCUGUUUCUGCUUCGAUUAAUACGUAAUUGAGUUUUCACUUGGUACUUGACAAUAAUAUCGUCUCAUAGUCUUUAAUUGCAUUGCCAGCUUUUCAUUUUAAUUCAGCAUUUACAUCUGACAACCGCGGCGGUUUCUAAACUCUAAUGUAGUCUGUUCGGAUGUCACACUAAUUAGCUUGGCAUCACUUAGUGUCAAAUCCAGUGUCAAACCUAUUUAGUCUGAAUCUGUAUUCUCUGAAUCUGUUCUCAGGGAUAUCAAACAUGAGCCAACGUACCACUUUUUUGUUGAAAUCUGGUCUGCAGUACAGUACAACACAGCACAACUUUUGAUGACUGCAUAAAGUUUAUUAAUUAUAUUCAAGCUAAAUUUGAAAUUGCUGUAAAGGUGAUGUAACGCAAGAAAUUUGCACACGAUUUUCUUACUGAAGACAUGAAUUUUAAUACAUGUGCUGCUAAAUGAACUAGAUGGUUAGUUGUACUUAGUUGGACUUGUCUUUCUUAAAAAGGUUCAGCUGCGAGGAGAAACAUAAUGAUUUGAAUUUGAAUUAAACACUAAAUCUCUCAUGCACUACAAUCCUUAAUAUAUCAAAUGAAAGCGCGACUUUGGCCCUUGAUUAAAAUGAACGCUGGCAACCUUUAAAACAGUCUUUCACAUCCGGUUAGCUUACUUUUCGUUUUUCCGUAAUUUGAUCUUGUAGCUUGGACUUUAAGGUAGCAUGGCCCUGUUGCCACCAUUUUGUUUCACAUGGACAGCAGUUUACAGCAGAUGAAUGUUACACAUCUUGCUAGACUAGUUAAAUCAUUGGAUAAUUGUUGGUUUAAAAAAAGAAAAAUGAAAAAAAAAAAGAAACGACCUGGAAGGUGUGGGGGGUUGUUGGGAGUAUACUACCGUAUCCAUUUAAACUUGAAUUUUGCGGCAAGUGCUAGGCAAUGGCCAAAACGAUCAUCCCACUUAAAAAAAUACACACUGUAAUGUUUAUGUACAGUAUAACUUACAUUUAAAAGAUAUAUAUGUAUAGUUUGUAUAUAUCUCUUUGUUAAAAACUGCCUCAUAAAUGCUCACUGAUCAUCAAUGUAGGUGAAUAACGAGUUUCACUGGCUGUCGAGUCGUUUCGCUGUUUGUCCCGUAGCAGGCCAGUAACGGAAGUGUACAGAUGUGUUUGAGGCAAGUUAGUAGUUUAGCCACAGAUUGUUGUUUUGAACGGAUUGUGUUGUGUAAACUUUACAACAACGACGUGUAACGCAAACGGUACAGUUAACAAGGUAUCACUGGGUGCGGAUGGUCUCACAUCUUUAGCAUCACGGCCUCCCAUUUUCUCCCGGGGCUUUGGUCUCACCGAUUGCCUUGCCCAUUCCUAACACUUGCCCAUUGUUUAACGUUAACGGACUUUUUACCGCGAGAACUGACUGAACGGACUGACGUCUGAAAGCAUCUUUCAGGUCUUCUUGUAUGGCUUGCUCAAGCCCUGUUGUAAAAUAAACUAAAGUGGAUGGGGGUCUCUCACAUCUCAGAUGUGGAAAGUAUAAUUUUAUAUUUGUAUUUUCAAAUAAUAACGAUAAUAAUAAAAAAUGUUUGUGAAAGGUUUCCAUCCUCUACUGUGGUCCAGAAAUCAAUGUGUUUGUCUGGAAAAGAUACAAAAAAAUAAUAAAUAAAAUAAAUAAAAGAGUUUUGAACCAUUUCACUCAUGGUUUUAUUUUCAACUUUUUUCAAAGCAAUUGAUGUGUGAUUCUAAAGAAAUGAAUAUACCUGCAAAAGAUUGUAUGCCAGAACAUGCACAAACGAUUAAAAUGCACAAAGUUGAAUACA